GCUUUUUGAGGGGGAGGCAUAUAUCUUCAGAGCAAGGUCAGCAAGCAUCUGCAGAACUGAAAUCUGAAGAAGCGCGUGAUUUUGAACCAUCCGUUAAUCCUUUUUCGGUCUCAGAAAUGGAGUUUCUAGCUGCGUCUGCUACUUCUUCUCCCCUACAAUGCGCCUUUCUUCCUCGCAAAGGGUUGUUCGGAACUCCGGAAUUUGCUGGCAGAGAGAGAAGGUGCAUAAAGAAAGCAGGACCUGUUAAAAUCACUGCAAAGUUUGAUCUGAAGCCACCUCCAUAUCCAAUGAAUGCUUUGGAGCCGAUUAUGAGCGAGAGGACUUUUGAGUUUCAUUGGGGGAAGCACCAUAGAGCGUAUGUAGAUAACUUAAACAAGCAAAUAGAAGGAACAGAUCUAGAAGGGAAGUCACUGGAAGACAUUGUAGUUAUUUCAUACAACAAGGGCGACCCUCUUCCAACUUUCAACAAUGCGGCACAGGUCUGGAACCAUGACUUCUUCUGGGAGUGCAUGAAACCAGGUGGUGGUGGGGUUCCAUCCGGGGAACUUCUACAACUAAUUGAAAGGGAUUUUGGUUCAUUUCAAAAGUUUGUUGAUGAGUUUAAGGCUGCUGCCGCAACACAAUUUGGUUCUGGUUGGGCUUGGCUUGUAUACAAUGACAACAAGCUAGCGAUAGUCAAGACUCCCAAUGCUGUGAACCCCCUGGUCAUGGAUGGUUAUCCGCUUCUUACCAUUGAUGUUUGGGAGCAUGCGUACUAUCUAGACUUUCAGAACCGGCGGCCGGAUUAUAUUUCAGAGUUCAUGGAAAAGCUUGUGUCAUGGGAAGCAGUCAGUGCGAAGCUUGAACAAGCGAAGGCUCUGGUGUAGAAGAGACAUUGACAUGCUGGGAAGCUAUGGAAGAGAUUAUACUGAUAGGUCUUCUAUAGAGGUCAAAUAAUGGUGCAGCCAAAUUUUCGCCUGGGAUCGGUGUACAUGCUCAUGAUGCUCGUGUGUGUUUGAAUCCAUCUUUUGUAUAAGCUUUUGAAUAAACGCCUGUCUUAUGGAUGUCUUGGAAACAUAUUGAUGGAGGAUGCUAUGUGAAUUAAUGAACUCCUCUAAACUUUCACA